AUGGCAAGUGACAAUCUCCGCGAUUUGGUGGUUGCAAUACGCUCCAUUAGUUCUAGCACGGCCUCUGAAAACACUAAUUUGCUGUCCAAACCUAUACUGGCGUACAUCGACUCAGCCGUCUCGGAGUGCUACCUCCCAGCUACAGUAUGCCAGCAGUUCGAGAAAGCUUUUGGUCUCUUCAUAGAUCAGAAAAGGAAGUGGUUCAACACCGGACAUAGUGCUACCCUACGCAGCUUUCGACCUCAACGUUACCUCUGCAAUUCUACUCAACUCUACAAGCCUGUACUUCCCAGUCAAGCAGACUGCCGACGAAAACACGCCGUCUUUUCAGAUAGCACCGCCCCAAUUCGUGUGGCUCUGCCAGCUACGCUCCCAACAAAUACCUCAAUUUCCAACACUGGCUCCGAUUCUGAUCCAAAGUCAUCAAAGACAUGGGCAGCUGGAGCAAUAGCCGGCAUCGCAAUUGGCGCCGUCGUCUUGCUUGCCUUCCUCAUAACACUGUUUUUUGUCUUCCAGAGAAGUGGGAGGGGAGAUGAGGCUGGGAUGGCGGGAGCGAGAGGAAGGGGUCCGAUUGAGGAGCAGAGGACGCCGAUGGCUAACUUGGAGGUUGAGGAUAGGGGGCUGGGGUAG